UCAGCCCCAGGCCACCAGUGGUGCAUCUGCUGCCUGGCCAUGGUGCUGGGGAACCACUCCCCUGUGUGGGACACCAAUGCAGGCUCUCUGCUGUGGCUUGCAAUAGUCUCGGGAGCCCUGGUUUUCAAUAGGGAUAGAGCAGCAGUAGUUCCCAGCAUCCCAGAAGACUAGGGGCCUCUUGUCUCUGACUGGCAAGUGUCCCCUUCUUGUAUGAACCUAACCAACUGUUUCCGUUGUGCCGCAGAGCUCCAUCCAACACCAUGGCACCAUCCAGGAAGAAAACAGCCAAUGGAACCAGCAAAAACAAUGUGAAGAAGAAAAAGCUCGCUGCAUUUUUAAAGGACUUUGACCGUGAAGUCCAAACGAGAAUUGAUCAGCUACAAACAAAUGGGCAAAAUCUUCUCAAGGAAUUGGAUAAUCUUUAUAACAUAGAAAACCUCAGACUUCCUCUAGCACUGAGAGAAAUGAACUGGCUUGACUACUUUGCUAAAGGAGGAAGUAAAAAGGCCCUAGAAGAAGCAGCAACGGCAGAUUUGGAACUAUCAGAAAUAAACAAACUUACAGCAGAAGUUAUCCAGACGCCUUUCAGAAUUGUCAAGAAAGCUGAAAAAUCCAAACAGGAUAUCGAUGCCAUUGAAGAAGAAACAGAACUUAGUUUGCUCCCUGUAGCUAAGAAGAGGAAACAGGACAACAAAGCCCUUGAAGAAUCAGAGCCAGAACAUGCAAAUGUUAAUCCCAAAACAGGAAAGGUGAAGACAUCAACGAAAAAACUGCUAGUUUCGAAGAGCAGAAGAGCUCCAUCAGCGAGAGUGAAACGCAUUAGUAAAAGGUCAAGCAAAAAUAACUUUGUCACUCCAGCCCUUGGCCGAGUCCCUGAUGCCUGCACAUGGGGAAGGACCUCCACUGUCACCCCUAAGUUUGAUUCCAGGCUUUUCAAGACACCAGGUCUACGCACGCCUGCAGCACGUGAACAUGUUUACAUAGUCUCUGCAAACGGCAGCCCUCUUGCUAACAGCAACGAUGUCAUCAUUACAGUUCCUGUCGGAGGAGGAGAGAGCAUUCGUUUAGCAGCCAGUGAGCUGACCAAAAGGAAUUUGAGUCAUCUCAAUCCAGAGGCCCUGGGAAUUAUGAAGAAGCUAUCAGUUCGUCUUGCACAAGCAUGCAACAGCACGAACACCCAAAGAUGAAAUUUCAGGGAUAUUGACUUUCUUUGUAAAUCUGGAUCAUCAAUUUUAGGACUACAACCUGAAUUCUUACUCUAUUGUUUUACCUUUCUGUUACACGGUGAAAGUUAGGAACAGAUUUUCAGCCUGUAAUAUAUAAUGUGAUUAGAAUAGGUUGACUUUUUUUUGUACAGAAAAAAGUACUUAGUUUCCUGUUUCAAGAUAGCUAGCUACACCUUGGCCUUGGAUCCUCCUGAGUGUAUGAGAGGAUACAGCUGCCCUGCAAUCUGCAGAAGAUCAAAGCAGUGGGACCUAUUGGAUUACAGGUGUGAUUGACAAAAGUUGUAUCUGGUUUUGGAGCAAAAGUGGUGGAGCUGCUCAUUGCACUUAUUACCAGGCAAGUCUUCUGUUUGUUGAUGUCGUCGUUGAAAGGCGCUAGUUAGUUGUAUUGUAAGAGCUGGAAUAUGAACCUCAAUUACAAGUAAUUAACAGGGGGGUGCUAAAAGAACAUUUUGUUGCAGACCAGCUAAUGAAGCUGCCACAGGUGAUAGGGGUACAACAAAUCCUUUGUUUUGUUCUUCUCACAGCAGCCACUGAACUUUCAAUCCUGCUUUCCAGUUUACAGUGAACAAUGUACUUGAAGUCUUUUAUUGUACAUCCUACUGUUGUUUUUAAAGAAAUGAAUACACUGGUGUGUUCUUAAACCCAUAAUUUUACUGAAUUUUAAAGCUUCUAUCUACAAAACCAAUCAUCUAGACCUCCAGUCCUCUAAGGCACAUACACUUACUGGUGCAAGUCCCUUUAGAGUGGUUGGAGACAGCCAGUGGAGAACUCCCUCUGCACAGGGGAACUCUACUGCUUCCUGCACUAGCUCCUAGGGAAGAGAUGGGGAUGUGGCAGAGCCAAGUUCCACUAUGUCUGGGUCUCCACUGGGAUGUUCCCUGCAUUCUUUUCAUGAACAAAAAAAGUUUUACAUAAUAAAUACUGUUUAUAGAUGGAAUAAAAUUAGUUACAUAUUCA